UGUGGAACAUUUGUUGCUCAGAUUUUCUUCGUCAACCAUUUGGAUCAUUUGAACAAACAGUUUGGUACCAGUCUGGUUCUGUUGGGUCUCAGUUUGUUGAUCACAUAUUCUUGUUCAACUCUUUGGAUCGUCUGAACAAACUGUGAAGCUAGAAAGUGUGUGUGAGCUGAUGUGAAUUCAGCAGCAUGGAUCAGUGUGAGGACAGAGAGGAGGGAGUCCCUCCCUCUAAAACCACUCUGUGUGGGGAAGAUGAGAGCCAGAGCAAAGGUCAGAGGAUCCAUCAGAGACUCAAACCAGAACGAGAACCAGAACCCAGCUGUCUCCUUUAAGAGCGACAGGUCAAAGGAUUAUUGGAUUAACUUUCAAUCUCCUGGAUCUCCACCAUCAGAGAGGAUCCAUCAGAGACCAGAACCAGAACCGAGCUGUGUCUCAUUUGAGAGUGACAGGUCAAAGGAUCAUCCCAUUGACUUUAAAUCUCCUGGAUCUCCAUCAUCAGAGAGAGUGGACCAGCAGAGCUCAGAGGUUCCCAGGGGUCCAUCUGCCCAGCAGCUUCAAACACAGCUGGACUCCAUAUUUAUGCUGCUGGAGGACAACAUUGUUACUUUUGUGAAGAAAGAACUGAAGAAGAUCCAGAAAGUUCUGAGUCCAGAUUACCCAGAACAUUCAAUGAUGUUGAAUGAUGAGGUGUUGGAAGGUGAUGAUGAAGAACAGAGGACGAGCAACAGAGAGGCAGUGAUGAAGAUCACACUGAACUUCCUGAGGAUGAUGAAGCAGGAAAAGCUGGCUGACCAUCUGCAGCUCAAACAUCUUGCUGGAGUUUGUCAACAUAAACUUAAAUCUGGUCUGAAGAAGAAGUUCCAGUCUGUGUUUGAGGGAAUUGCUAAAGCAGGAAGUCCAACCCUUCUGAACCAGAUCUACACAGAGCUCUACAUCACAGAGGGAGGGACUGGAGAGGUCAAUGAUGAACAUGAGGUCAGACAGAUUGAAACAGCAUCCAGGAAACCACACAGACCAGAAACAACAAUCAGACAAGAAGACAUCUUUAAAGUCCCACCUGGAAGAGAUCAACCAAUCAGAACAGUGAUGACAAAGGGAGUGGCUGGCAUUGGAAAACAGUCCUAACACAGAAGUUCACUCUGGACUGGGCUGAAGACAAAGCCCACCAGAACAUCCAGUUCAUAUUUCCAUUCACCUUCAGAGAGCUGAAUGUGC